AUGCCGUACUGGUCAGUGGAAGUUGAGAUUGUGUUGAGUCGCUAUAGGAAGAGUUGCUCGAAGAGGAAACACGGAGUGUGGUCACCGAGAAGUGCUAGCAUCUCAUCCAUCAGGGCAGAAGGUUUUGAGCCACCUAGUGGGGGAAAGUGGAGCAGACGAACAGCUCACUCACGGUGGCUUAGGCCGAAUGUGUUGAUCAGUCAGUCCUUCAAGGCACUCUUUAAGAGGAUCAGGGUGUGGACCCUCAAGCCCGAUUCACAGUACGAUGCUAGCACAAGUGUCUUCGACUGGCAGGCAGGGUAUGAAGUCGCACUCAUUUUGACUACUGUGCUCACAACUCAUUGUCUACAUCUAUGUUUGUCUCUGUACAUUUCUAUGUACCCUUGGACUGAUGCAGUCUCACUACCUCGCCUUGACUUUAAGCACUGUCGAUUAGACAAGGAUCAGUGGCAUAAAGCCAUUGAAGAGCAGAGUCAAAAGAUGCCUGUGCAUCUGGUGGUUAGUUGUUUGGAAGGCGGUUUGUACAAUCUCAGUGAGGUGGCUGAAUGUACACCAUCAACUGCAGUUAGUGCAGAAGGGUUUUGGAUCUCACUGUAUGAUGGCAAUGGUGACCCAGUCAAAAGACUUCCAGGUCACAAGCGGGAUCUUGUUGUUGCAAUGAAAGUGCAGAGUCCUCGUAAUGAAUUUGAGAUUGAGGGCUCCACAGAAGGAUUUGGCAAGUUUACAAUAACUGAUGCAGGACAGCACACUUUCAAGUUUACUGUAAUUAACAGAGCCACUAUCUCUAGAAAGAAUCAAGAAGCAGAAUCAUCUGAUGUUAAGCUGCUAGAAUGGCAACACACUCUCAAUGUUGUAGCUGACCCACCAUCUGUUAUAUGUGUCAUGGAUGCUAGCAAUGAUGUACGGCUUGGCAGUAAGGAAUUUUCUCUUGAUGUUGAUGUGUUGGACAAGUACAGAAAUCCUUGCAAAGGCAUAGAGGUGAAUGUAACACUCUGUUGCAGCAACAAAUGCCUUCAAGCUUUGGCACCAUCAAACAGCAUUGCCACUGAUGAAAAUGGUCGGUUUUGUUUGUGUGAUGUUCAGUUUAUUCCCCAUGACAUUGAUGCAGCUAGAACUAUGUUGCUAACUGGAAUGCAAACUGUUACUCUAGUUGUAAAUGACACUAUAAAGCAAAAGGUGAAAGUUAAAAUCAAUUCAGGUAUGCCUGUAAGCUUGCAGCUAGUGGAGCCACUGUCAUUAGUAAAACAGAACUCUGUUGGAUCUUUGGCUGUUCGUGUGUUGGAUGCAUUCAGUUUAGCGGCUACAGUGUAUCGAGAUGAAGCAUAUCGAGUAUCUGCACAAUUUCGAACUGCCCAUGCAAAAGGAAUGUCACAGCAGUUUACAGAAAUACUGAAACCUGGCAACUCUGGCUGCAUUUUGUUCUACAAUUUGAAAUUUAUAUUUCCUGACAAUACGGCCACUGCUGGACAAGUUGAAUUAUCGUUACUGGAGCGUACACUUAAUACUGAUGAUGAAAACAGCAGGGAAGUAACUGUGUGCUCUCUUGUGUGUGAUGUCAAUAUCAUGCCUAGCUGUCAACCUGUUUGUCUAAUUCUGUACGAUAAUGACGACAAACCAUUGUCUUCCAAUGAUGUCAUUGUUGCCAAAGUUGGAACUUUUCUUAAACUUCAAGUUGUGGCAUUGGACAUGCAAGAUAAAGUAAUGGAUUUGUUAGAGUUUAUGCGUGAGCAUCCUAACACUUGUUUGCAAACAAGCUGGUCAACAGUAGCAACAAGACCAACGGCUACAAAUGUAAGAAAGGAAGAUGAUUUACAACCUCUUUGCUUUCCCCCUCUACCCGUGCCACAGAAAGCAGACUCCGUUGUGUCACACAGUGUCAUUCUGGAAGAUAAUGGCAUAGAAAUUGUAAAAUCUGUUAUAAAGAUACAGCCACAGCCAGUUGAAGCUUGUCAGGUUGUCAUUGAAAAGCAAAGACGUUCUACCGCUGUGGGCUGUGGGAAUGAGGGAGAACUGCAUCAUUUGCUACGAUUUUUUUUGGUGGAUGUAUUUGGAAACAAAGUGAAUGUUGAUGACACUACUGACAUUCAAGCUGUUCUUGAUGACACAGAUGAUUCAGAAUGUUAUCGUGAAGGAGACUGGCACCUGGAAAGGGAAGUGGUUUCACUAGACAUGGGGGAAAACAUAGUGCGACUUUACACACAGUUUCAACUUUCUACCAGUGCUGUUGUAGUUGGUUUGGGGAAAGCUAUUAUAUCAGCUUAUGUACCAGAAUGCGAUAUGACAAUGACUUGUUCACUGAAAGUACAACCUGGCCAUCCUUCACGAGUAGAAGUGCAGAGCAGUGGCUUUGAAGAUGCACAGUCAUUUAGUGACAGGCAUACAAUGCAGUUUAUUCGAGAUCAACCUCUUCCAGUAAUAAAUGCCGUCUUAGUUGACAUGGGAGGAAAUGAGGUGAAGAGAAGUAAAUCACGGCAAUACAACUUUACUGCUGAAAUUCAGGAAUCUGGCAGAAUAUACAGCAAAGUCACAUUUGAUACAAGCACAAAUAACCCUCCACUUGAGCUACCUCUAAAUUUGACAGCUCAGGCAUUUACAAUUAUUGUGAAAGCUGAAAUUGAGGAACAGUAGGAGAACGGGCAUUUUUUGAUGUGAGGGUUUUCUACCCAAACGCUGCUUCCAACCGCAAACACUCUUCACUCAAAUCCGCCUAUGUGAGUCACGAGAAUGAGAAGAAACGCGCUUACGGUGAGAGAAUUCGGGAAGUUGAGCAUGGGUCUUUCACUCCAUUAGUGUUUACGUCAUACGGAAGCACAGGCCCAGAGGCAACAACCUUCUAUAAGCGAGUGGCAAGUCU